UAAUUUUAAGAUACACACUGCACCUUUAUUUUUGUUUUGUUUUAGAUAUUCCUCAGUAUGGAGAUUUUUGGAAUGUACAUAAAUGUGUUACUUAAUUAAGGUUGACCCACCUAUAGUUUUUAGUGAAACCGCCCAACCGAUUAAGUUGCCUCCAAAGAAUACGCCAAAUCCAGAAGGCAAAGAAGCAAAUAUCUCAGGAUGGGGUGUAGAAUCUGGUCAUCCACUAUAUCCAGCGAUACUUCAAACAGUAAAUCUAACAAUAAUCGGUAAUGAAUUAUGUGAAAACAUUAUGAAAGAUACUGAUUUACCGCUCGACUCCGAAAAGCAAAUAUGUGCACAUGCUGAUAUGUCUGAUGGUAUACCUAGAGGAAUAUGUCAUGGUGAUUCCGGUGGCCCAUUAGUUACUGAUGGAGUUCAAUACGGAAUUGUGUCAUAUAACUAUGGUGAUUGUGGAAGUGUGGAGUACCCAGAUGUCUUCACAAGGGUUGCCCAUUAUAUAGACUGGAUUGAAGAUAAACUAUAAAUGUGUAAUUUUAAAUAUUUCAACUAAAUUUAAAUAAUUACAUUCUUAUGUUUUUGUGAUGUUUAAUAAAAUAUAAACUUUCUAAGGUUAGUAAA